AUUCAUUUGCAGGUCGUUCCAAUGGCAGUUGGUAAGCAUUUAGUGUGUUUAUGUGAGACCUGUCUCUCCUCCCUUUCUCUCUCUAAAUUCAUAUGCUCCAUAUUUUCCAACAACAAAAAAUCUCAAUUGAUCGAAGAAUUUUACCUCAAUCGUCAUAAAACCAAAACCACUUCGAAAUUCAUGCAUUGCUUCCCCCAAAACCCAAAUCAAAAUCAAAUGUUUUACCCCAAUCUGAUCCGAAAUUUGAGUUCUCCAUAGCGAAAUCCUUAUUGACUCUGUUCGUGAAUGUUCUCUGCUAAUGGUUCCAGAUUCUUGAUUAAUUUUGAUUAGCUGAAGAUUUAUAAGAAAAGAAUAAGAUUUGUGGGAAAAAUGGUGGAAUCUGAGGUGUAUUCUUCUAGAAUCUUCUCACAUUUUCGAGAAGAAAUUGGUGAAGAAGAGCUUUCUGUUCUUCCAAGACAUACAAAAGUUAUUGUAACUGGAAACAACCGAACAAAAUCGGUUUUGGUUGGUCUUCAAGGUGUUGUCAAAAAGGCUGUUGGCCUAGGUGGUUGGCAUUGGCUGGUUUUGAAGAAUGGAGUGGAAGUGAAGCUACAGAGGAAUGCCUUGAGUGUUCUUGAACCCCCUACAGGUCAUGAAGAAGAUGGAGAAUAUGAAUUUGAUAAUUCUAGUUGUGGCUCUGAUGUUGGUGAAAAAGACAAUUUCUUUUCUGGUGCUAUGGAGUUCAGCAAAGCAAGCAAGCCUAGGGUUCGAUACACAAGACCAUGGGGUCAAGGUCAAGGUCAAGGUCAAUCUCAGUCAACCAAACCUUUUAAUCGUAUUGGUUCCAAAGAAGUUCAAUCCAAUACGAAUCCAUCUUACACAAAAGUCAACUUCGCGAAGCUUGGAUUUGACACACUGUGGCGAUAUUAUAGCACCUUCAACCUUGGAAACAUGCAUUCUAAUCCUACUAAGGAACAACUGGUGAUUGCAAUCCAAAAGCAUUUUGCUUCACAGCGAGUGAGUGAAGUGGAAGUGAUAAUGGAGUUCGUUCAUGCUGCAAAAAGACAGAAAAAAGGAAGAACACACAGGGAAACAAGUUGAAAGGAUCCGUGUGCUUUGUUUGUAUAAUCUAAUCUAAUCGAACACGUAAAUUGUUUAUGCUAACUGAUGUAGCUCUUACUUAGGAACCAAGUAACUCUAGAGAUAGGAAAACUUAUUAGUCAAGCAAUUCGAUACUCUUGCGAGAUUUAACCGUGUAAUAUAUCGCUCUA